ACAAUGCAAAUGCAGUUGCAGGAAAUCAGUUAAAACGUAUUUAAUUUUCACAACCUCCAACUCCAACAACUUCCCCAAUAUUCUUAACUUUCAUCCUCUUCUUUCUUCAACCUCAAACCCUAGAAACAGCAAAAUCACAUUUUGAUGCAAAUGGGAUCAACCCCACAACUCUAGAGCCAUACCCAGCAAGAUUUAGCUCAUACCCACCUCAAUGAUGGCCUUUUUCUCCACUUCCCGCCUCUUCACAACCCUAACCUUCCUUUUCUUGUUCCUCAAAAUCCAAGCUUUUGCUCCAAUUUCUUCCUUUUCCUUCACAGAUUUUGAAAAAGAUCCAAAAUUUAAGUCAAGUGUGGGACUUUACGGCAAUGCAAAAGCUGUCAGUGGCGGUUCUGAAGUUCUUCUUUCUGGAAAUGGUGGUUCAGGUAGUGGGAGAGUCAUGUACAAGAAACCCAUCAAGCUUGUUCAUGGUGAAGCAAGGGAAUUAGUUUCAUUUUCAACCUACUUUGCAUUUUCGAUCUCGUUGGAUAGUGGGAAUGGCUUGGCUUUGGUUAUGGUUCCAAGUGGUAUUGAAGGUGAGGUUUUUGGUAAUAAUUCAUAUGGUUUUUCUUUUGGAUUGAAGAAAAGGGAAUUUAAGGUUAUUGGUGUUCAGUUUAGUGCUUUAAGGGAUGGUAGAAAUGGCGGUUCUGCUAGUUGUAAUGUGGCCAUUAAUGUUGGUAUGAAUUUGGGUCUAAAACUGCAUGCUUGGAUUGAUUAUGAAGCAAGUUCAAAGCGCUUAGAAGUUAGGUUGAGUCAGUUUGGUAAACCAAGGCCAUCUGAUCCAUUGCUUUGGCAUUCAAUUGACUUUUCAAAUGUGUGGGAAACUGAAGAGAUGUUUGUAGGCUUUAGUCCUUUGAAGGGGAAUACUUCCCAAGCAUGCUUUCUUUAUUCAUGGAGCUUUAUUGUAAGGCAUUUUCCACAUUGGAUGCAUUCCGAGCCUCUGAAUCCAAAGGUCGUCGCUAAGAACACUGAAACUCCAGCAGUGAAAUCAAGGAGUGAUUGCCUUUUGAGAGUUCUUGCUGCAAUGAUAUUUGGUGCUGGAUGUGGAGCAUUGACAGCAUUCACUGUGCUUUAUUUGUGGACCAUCUUUGGUAAUAAACGUCCAGUGGUGCCGGAGGAGUAUGUGAUGCAGCCUGUAGAUUUUGAGUACAAGAAAGUGAACAUUGUUGUAGAUAAAACCGUCAAAGAUGCUAAGGAGUAGAUCUACAAGAGGGAACUAGUUGGAUGCUUGUGUUGUAAAUCAGUGUUUCUUGUAUUCAGGUUUUGCUUUGUUGUAGUUUGGUAAAGAACUAUUUAAUUUACUUUUCCUUAUGUUGUUGUCUAUUUUUUGAGCAAAAUGAGAUUAAUAUCUAACUCUGUAUUAAGGAUAAG